AUGGAAUGGUCUCUUACGGGCAGUCUCGAAGAUUCUGCAGCAUACGCGGAGUCUGUACAGACUCCCACUUACUACAAUGUUAUGAAUGGCAACCGCUUAGACUAUGGCGGUUCUGUCAAGGAAAUUGCCGAGCGGCACGGUAAGGGCGCUGAGCACAAGCCUGUCGUGCAUGAGUUUCUCUGUGACGGCGACCAGCUUGCUGCUCGCAUGGGUGGUACAAUCAUGGUUGGCGGCGUGGAUAGUGAAUUUGAGAACUUCAUGUUUGCAAAAGUGGAUAAGGUGACCGGAAGGUUGGAAUGGCUAGUUGAGCGAGCAAUCUGGGGUCCCAUUGGCAAAGCGCCUAAGCAUAGCGUAAGUUAA